UAUGAUUUUAGGUUAUAAGUGUCACAUUUGUGUACCUUUAAAGCAAAAUUUUAUAUUAUUUAAUUAGCUCUUAUCUCUAUUAUGUAAGUAAUAGUAAUUAGUAAAUACUGAAUUGCAUACCCAUUCCUUAUAUAUAAAUAUAAAAUGGGAAGAAAAGCUACAGUGGCUGCUGCUACCCUUAAUCAGUGGGCUUUAGAUUUUGAUGGAAACCGUGAAAGAAUUUUAGAAUCUAUAUUAGAGGCGAAAGAAGCUGGAGCUGCUUUUCGCACAGGACCAGAAUUAGAAAUAUGUGGAUAUAGUUGUGAAGAUCAUUUUUAUGAAAGUGAUACUUUUCUCCACUCUUGGGAAGUGUUGCUAGAACUUUUAACAGCACCAUUAUGUAAAGACAUAUUAGUAGAUGUUGGAAUGCCAGUAAUGCACAAAAAUGUAGCUUACAAUUGCAGAAUCAUCUUUUUAAAUCAAAACAUUUUGCUAAUUCGCCCAAAAUUGCAAAUGUGUGAUGGGGACAAUUACAGAGAAUCAAGAUGGUUUUCUGCAUGGAAGAAGAUUCGCCAAGUUGAAGAUCAUCACCUACCACGUAUGAUUUCUGCAGUUACAGGUCAAACAACAGUUCCUUUUGGUGAUGCUGUAAUAUCUACAAGAGACACAUGCAUAGGUUUUGAAAUUUGUGAAGAAUUGUGGUUUCCUUUUAGUAGUCAUAUACCAAUGUCUCUUGAUGGGGUAGAAAUUAUUUGCAAUGGUUCUGGUAGUUAUAUGGAAUUAAGAAAGGCUUAUGUAGUUUGCAAUUUAGUUAAAAGUGCAACUUUUAAAGUAGGAGGUUGUUAUGUAUUUUGUAAUUUAAGAGGCUGUGAUGGACAGAGAACUUAUUUUAAUGGGGGUUCUUGUAUAGCACUUAAUGGAGAGAUUUUGAAUUAUUCCAAGCAGUUUGCAUUACAAGAUGUGGAAAUAACGUCAGCAACGAUUGAUUUAGAAGAUAUUAGAUCCUUCAGGAAUAGUAUGAGAUCUCGGUCUCAUGCAUCUUCAGAGUAUCCUAGUUAUCCUAGGAUUUUGGUGGACUUUUCCCUUUCACCAGAACACGACUCGACUUUUCCUACAGCAUUUCCAAUAGAAUGGAAAUAUUUAAGACCAGAAGAAGAAAUAGCCCAGGGUCCUGCCUGUUGGCUUUGGGAUUACCUUCGGCGAUCAGGGCAAGGUGGAUUUUUCUUGCCAUUAAGUGGUGGUGUAGAUUCUACAAGCACAGCAAUGAUAGUUUUCUCAAUGUGCAGGAUGGUUGUAAAAGCAGUACAGAGGGGAGAGAGCAGAGUAUUAGCCGACAUUCGAAAAAUUCUUGUUGACCCUGAAUAUACACCCACCAAACCUGAAGAACUAUGUAAUAGAUUAUUUGUUACUUGUUACAUGGGUUCAGAAAACUCAUCAAGGGAAACUAACCAUAGGGCUGCGACUUUAGCUUCUCAAAUUGGAAGUUACCACAUGUCAAUAACGAUAGAUAGAGCAGUGAGAGCACUUCUUGAAAUUUUUACUGCAGCCACAGGCCUUUUACCGAAAUUUGCUUCUCAAGGAGGAUGUGCAAGACAAAACUUGGCUCUCCAAAAUAUCCAAGCACGACUGCGUAUGGUCCUUGCGUACCUUUUUGCACAACUAAUGCUUUGGGUUCGAGGAAGACCUGGAGGUCUUCUGGUGCUCGGUUCAGCUAACGUAGACGAAGCCUUGAGGGGUUACAUGACGAAAUAUGACUGCUCUAGUGCUGAUAUUAACCCUAUCGGAGGUAUUUCUAAGACUGACUUGAAAAUGUUCUUAAAUUAUGUGAAAGAUAAAUUUAAUGUUCCUGUAAUUGAGGAUAUCGUGUCAGCACCUCCUACAGCUGAAUUGGAACCUCUAUCAAGUCAAGGUAGUUUAACACAAACCGAUGAAGAGGAUAUGGGAAUGACGUACGCAGAAUUAAGUGUGUUUGGAAGAUUAAGGAAGCAAGAAAAAUGUGGACCAUAUUCUAUGUUCUGCAAACUUGUUAAUACCUGGAAAGACACCUGUUCGCCUGAAGAAGUUGCGGAGAAAGUUAAGCAUUUCUUUAGAUGUUAUGCGAUAAACAGGCACAAAAUGACCGUUCUGACACCUUCAUACCAUGCUGAAAGUUACAGUCCAGAUGAUAAUCGAUUCGACCAUAGGCCUUUCUUGUACCGAGCAAAUUGGUCCUGGCAGUUUAGGGCAAUCGAUAAACAGCUUCAGUUCCAAAAUGGAAUUAAGCGGAGUGUAGGAAUUUCUACCAAAAAAGAUGACAACAAAAAAGUUAGAGGCGGCUCGAGAACGGGGAUCCCUGUGUAGGACCAUUUUUGAUGUAAUUACAUCAACUGGAAGUUUUAUAUAUUAGGUAAUAAAUAUUUUUUUAGUUCU